AUGGCGUGGACAUGUACUGGCGCGACCAACGCAGAACUCAUUGCCAAUAUGGGCAGGUUUGGUCUCAUCAACUCGGAGCGUAUCCAAGCAGCAAUGAGCAAAGUCGACCGGGCGAACUAUGUUCGUCAUAGGUCUGGCGCAUACGAGGAUUCGCCUCAAUAUAUCGGUCACGGUGCAACCAUCUCCGCUCCCCACAUGCACGCGCAUGCUCUAGAAAGCCUCCUCCCCUUCCUCCACCCCGGGGCGCGCGUUCUCGAUGUCGGCUCGGGUUCUGGAUACCUCACCGCCGUUUUGCACCACCUCGUCUCCGCCGAACACGGCACAACGGGGACGGUCGUUGGGAUAGAGCAUAUACCAGAGCUAGUCGGCUGGUCGAUGGAGAAUCUGCGACGAGACGGACUCGAGGCUGCAGUAAACGAUGGUCACAUCAAGAUAGUUGUCGGGGACGGCAGACAAGGCUAUCCUAGCGUUGGACCGUACGAUGUUAUCCAUGUAGGUGCUGCAGCACCAACAAUGCCUGCCGCACUUGUUGAACAGCUCGCUUGCCCUGGGCGCAUGUUCAUACCCAUUGGGAAAGCACAGCAAGCGAUAGUUCAAGUUGACAAGGACGGCGAGGGGAAGGUUACGCAGAGAGAGCUCUUUGGUGUUAUGACCGAGAGAAACAGGCUUGAGUCAACCGCCGGUGAAGGGCAAGAAUGGGUGCUUUCAACAACUGUACGGAAAGAUUAA